CAAAGGUGGGCCUGGGCACCAGCAAUGCAUGAUAGCCCAGUGCAAGCACCAUAGGCAACGACUGGAAAAUGCCGCAAUCGCACCAAGCUCUCGUCCUCGUACUGAAAAUGGUGAAAAGCCCGCCAUUGAAAGCUCUUUCACUCUUCAACUCCUCAACUCUCCAAGGCCUCCAACACAACCACGAAUCCUUAUCCUUCAUCUUACACUACAUCCUCUCCUCCAACAUGCUAUCUCACGCCCAGUCUCUCAUUCUACAAAUACUUUCUGGUCGAAUCUCCUCUCCUGCUUUCACUCCUUCGUCUCUUCUCCACUAUCUAACACAAACUUGUUCGAACUUAGAUUCAAACCAUGUUCAUCUCUAUGAAGCAAUCAUCAAUGCCCAUGUUCUAUCUCAAUUGCCAGAGCAAGCGCUCUUCUACUUGAAUAUGAUGAUUGAUAAGGGCCUUGUGCCUGGACCAUACACUUUCAAUAAUCUUUUGGGUUGUCUUAUCAAGUCAAAUUGUUUUGAGAAAGCAUGUGCUGUUUUCAAUGAAGCACGGGGCAAGGUUCAAAUGGAUGUGUAUAGUUUCGGGAUUAUGAUUAAGGGUUGUUGUGAGGCUGGUGAUUUGAAGAAAGGGUUUGAGCUUUUGGUUCAGUUGGAGGAAAUGGGCUUGUCUCCAAAUGUUGUUAUCUACACUACUUUGAUUGAUGGGUGUUGUAAGAUAGGCGAUAUUGAGCGGGCCAAGGAGUUGUUUCGUGAAAUGGGAGAGCUUGGUUUGGUCGCUAAUCAGCACACUUACACGGUGUUGAUCAAUGGGUUUUUCAAGAAAGGUUUGAAGAAGGAGGGGUUUGAGCUGCAUGAAGAAAUGGGGCGCAGCGGGGUUUCUCCUAAUAUUUAUACGUAUAAUUGUAUAAUAUAUGAGUAUUGUAAUGAUGGUAGAACAACUAGAGCCUUUGACCUGUUUGAUGAAAUGCACGAAAGAGGGGUGGUUUGUAAUGUUGUUACAUACAACACUCUAAUUGGUGGCUUGUGUCGAGAGAUGAGGGUUUGGGAAGCUGAGAAGUUGGUGGAUCAAAUGAUGAGAGUUGGUAUAAGUCCAAAUUUAAUUACGUAUAAUAUGCUGAUGGAUGGCUUUUGUAAUAUUGGAAAGUUGGAGAAGGCCUCAAAUUUAUUUGAUCGGUUGAAGUCAAUUGGCCAAUGUCCAACUCUAGUUACUUACAAUGUUCUAAUUGCGGGUUUUUGUAGAGUUGGGAAUUCAGUACAAGCUUCUGAUUUGAUAAGGGAGAUGGAGGAGAGAGGGAUUUCUCCUUCUAAAGUGACAUAUACAAUCCUAAUCAAUGCCUUUGUUCGAUCAGGUGACAUGGAAAAAGCAUUUCGUAUAUAUUAUUCCAUGGAGAAGGCAGGUUUGGUUCCAGAUGUUUAUACAUUUGCUGUAUUAAUACAUGGUUUAUGCAUAAAGGGUAAUAUGAAGGAAGCCUCGAAGCUGUUCGAGUCCAUGAGUGAGAUGCAUUUAGAGCCAAAUGAUGUGAUAUAUAAUACAAUGAUUCUUGGGUACUGCAAAGAGGGUAGCUCUUACAGGGCAUUGAGGUUGCUUCAAGAAAUGGGUCAGAAUGGACUGGUUCCAAAUGUAGCCUCCUACAGUUCAACCAUUGGAGUUCUUUGCAAGGAUGGGAAGUGGACAGAGGCUGAAAUUCUACUUAAAUCAAUGACAGAGUCAGGUUUAAAACCAUCGAUUUCAGUCUACAAUAUGAUUUCUCAAGCCAAAAAUGACCCAUGAUUCAAAUUUUUGACAUGGUAUAUUGAAGGAAACAAGAAAUGUAAUGAAAAUUUUAUGAACUCACUGUUUUGUGGCUUGAUUGACUACUAGCAUAAAGCUACCAUCGUACGCAGCUGAAAUUUCGAUAAUUCUUGGUGCCAUGAUAGAAUUAUCCCAAGUGAUAAUAGAGGGCCCCUUCCGUGGAGCAGUACAGCGCUCUAACCCUGGUAGAUAACAUUAGGGUAGGAAUCGAGGGAUUAAUUAUGUGCCAGUAGAGCUGCAGUGUAAAAUUUAUCAGCAGGGAUGUUCUAUUCAGUGCUGCAUUUCCCUUUAGAAGACAGAAUAGACGGCAGUGAAUGAAUGGGUAGAAUGAGGAAGGCCCAAUUAGCUGAAGCUGUAUUCCCAUGAUGGUAUGCCAGAUCAAUCAUAUGUAUGGCUCCAAUCUCGGCCACUAAAUUACAGCGUCAAACAAACUAUCAUUUGUUCUCGUGGUUUCCAUGAGGUGCAGCUCCCUGUGAAGUUUCAACUUAAAUGUCUGUGAUCAUGGAAAAUGAUAUUGUUGUUUGAUCCCUCCUGUGAUAACACCCUAGGUUGUACUUGGGAAAAUCAAGAAAUUGGGGAAUGCAAUUGGUGAAAGACAUGAAAAUAAUUGAUAUCAAUGUCUUAGGAUUGACAUUAUGUAAUUUGUGACCUUUCUUAAGAGUAGCUGGAAUGGAUUGUGCCUGGUACUAGGGUAGCCAAUUUGCUUAGUAGUGGUUAUAAAUGAUUGUUAUGAUGCAUUGAAGUUACCUUUGGUGGUCGUUGUUUAUUGCUGCAAAAGCAUAUAAUAUCAACUUGAGAGUAUUGCUUGUUUAGGUGGCUUCAGAUAUAAAGAAUGGCUCUGCUUUCUCUCAUGUAUGUGAUAGUUUGAAUACUGGAAAGUAUUUUCUUGGAUAGUUGCUCUAAUUACGUAUUUUCUAACUUGACAUUUCCCCCUUGCUUAUUUUUGC